UCGACGUUGUUCAUACAAUACUAGCAGUCGCCGCCGCAACGAAUGGAGGCGAACGGGUGGAAGAGACAUCACUGAGGAAUUGUUUCGCUAUCAAAAAUAUUUUUUCCCCUCGGAUGUAAGGAGGAUUUUAACCCGACACUACUCCCGCGGGCAGAAGAAAAACGCCACACUAUUAUUUUGAAAAUCGCUUCCCUUUUUCCCCUCCGAACAGAUCGAUUGCCUGUCAUUUAAAAAAGGGCGUGUGUGCGGGGUGAAGGCAGUUUUAACCAUUUAAUGUGGGCAUAUAUGGUGUUUUAGAUAUUUUUUUUUUUACACCAUCUGGGUCUUGAAGGACAGAAUCGAAGAUGGGAUGCACGCUGAGCACAGAGGACAAGGCGGCGGUGGAGCGCAGUAAAAUGAUCGACAGGAACCUGCGGGACGACGGAGAGAAGGCGGCCAGGGAGGUCAAGCUGCUGCUGCUCGGUGCCGGUGAAUCAGGGAAAAGUACAAUUGUCAAGCAGAUGAAGAUCAUCCACGAGGCAGGAUACUCAGAAGAGGAAUGCAAGCAGUACAAGGCUGUGGUCUACAGCAACACCAUCCAGUCCAUAAUCGCCAUCAUCAGAGCCAUGGGGCGCCUCAAGAUCGACUUCGGCGAUGCUGCGAGAGCUGACGACGCGCGGCAGCUGUUCGUGCUGGCGGGCUCCGCAGAGGAAGGCUUCAUGACGGGCGAGCUGGCCGGCGUCAUUAAGCGGCUGUGGAAGGACGGAGGGGUCCAGGCCUGCUUCAGCCGCUCCCGCGAAUAUCAGCUCAAUGACUCGGCAGCAUACUACUUGAACGACCUGGACAGGAUAUCCCAGGCCACCUACAUCCCAACUCAGCAGGAUGUCCUGAGGACCCGAGUCAAGACCACGGGCAUUGUGGAGACGCACUUCACGUUCAAAGACCUGCACUUCAAAAUGUUUGAUGUCGGCGGCCAGCGGUCUGAGAGGAAGAAGUGGAUCCACUGCUUCGAGGGUGUGACCGCCAUCAUCUUCUGCGUGGCCCUCAGCGACUACGACCUGGUGCUGGCUGAGGACGAGGAGAUGAACCGGAUGCAUGAGAGUAUGAAGCUGUUCGACAGCAUCUGCAACAACAAGUGGUUCACAGACACCUCCAUCAUCCUCUUCCUCAACAAGAAAGAUCUGUUCGAGGAGAAGAUCAAGAAGAGUCCUCUGACCAUCUGCUACCCAGAAUACGCUGGCUCCAACACGUACGAGGAAGCAGCUGCCUACAUUCAGUGUCAGUUCGAGGACCUGAAUAAGAGGAAGGACACCAAGGAGAUCUACACCCACUUCACCUGCGCAACAGACACCAAGAACGUGCAGUUUGUCUUCGACGCCGUCACCGACGUCAUCAUCAAGAACAACCUGAAAGACUGUGGGCUUUUCUGAGGACAAUGACGAUGAAGAUAACCUUUUUUUCUUGGCGGUGGAGCCAGUUUAUUGUGCAUCUUUGGUGGGGAAGAUGAGACGAGUCGGGAGGAUCAGUCACGGACCAGUGCUGUACUAUAUGCCACUUUUAACAGCUUUAUUUAUGUUUUCGUCUUGGAACAUUUUGAACUAGUGUUACCACAUUUGUGUAGGAUGUUUGUAUCAUUGUAAAAGCGUCACCGCAAACAAUUUUUCGCACACUUUUUUAAAAUUUAGUUUCUAUUUUGUUUUAAGAAAAAAAAGAAAAAAAAAUGUUUUCGAAGAUGAGGAGGAGGAGGAGAUCACGUUUUUGCUGUUCCUUCUGCCGCUGUCUCUGGAAAAAGGAAACUUUUGCUGUUGGUGGAAAUGCUUCUUUUCUUCCUUCCCUACAACCAAAAAAAAGGGAAGAAAAGGGGUACAACUUUGAGUCCAGUUUGUUGGUACUUGUGCCUUCGCAUGCCUUUUACUGCGGUCGUAGUCCCAAUGCUUGUUCUGUUGCCUGCUGACUUGUUCUAAACAUAAAGAGGUAAACUGUUUUCAUAUGUUAGUGUCCCUGCUAUCUUCUAUGUGCACACCACUGAGCUAUCAGGAGGAGGAGCAGGAGGAGUUCCCUCUGGUCUAAAGGUACAUGGGUCUCCAUGGUUGACCAACAUGUAGCCUCCACAGUCCCCUACCCCCCCAUCCCCCCACCAGCCAUGACAAUGGAAGGCCUCGCCGGCCGAUCACGCAGUACAAUACUGAGAUGUAUAUUGUUACAUUCGCCCCCAAAUCCGGGGUUCUGGUUUUUAAACGGUGUACAAAAUAUCCAUUCUUCCCAAUCAUUCGGAAAAUGGUUAGUCGAGGCAUUGAGCUUAUAAUACGCUCGAUAAGUGUUUGAAGUACAAAGACCAGGGUUAGGCACAUUUUAAUGUACAUUUUAAUGUAUUUGGAGGAGAGUUUUUGGGGUGAAAAGAUGGAUGUAAAGGCGAGGUUGGAGGUCUGAAAUGUUAUAAGGUUCAGACGAUGUUACUGGGUCCGCUGGGCGCUGCUUGAGGAUCAGUGAAGCCUUUUUCGUUCAGGUAAUGGAGUCUGAGAUGGUCGAGGGAGGCCUGGUCUGUGAUUUGAGAUCAGUACUACUUUGCCAAGAAGAGUUAUAAAUAUGGUCCUGGAUCUGUUCAUAUAAAGAAACUGCCACAACUGUCAAUGUAUGUGUAUGUUCUCCACGGUUGGUUGGAGGAUCUUUGUAGACUCAUCUCCCUUAUUUUGCUAAUAAAAACCAUUUACAAACCA